AUGAGCGGUAGCAACGUGAAGGGCGCCGGUUCUGGGGUGAGCAGCGCGGUCCUGGGCGCAGGCGCUGGGGGCAUUGUGGUGAAGAGAGCUGGCGGGGAAGCAGCUGCAAUAGACGACGCCGGCAAAGGGGCCUUGGGGGUGAUUGGUGCAGCUGUAGGGGUUACCGAACGAGACGGUGCUGAUUCGGGGGCCGAUAUGAUGACUGAUGAGGGCGCUGCAGUAUACAGUGCUGAUGCGGGGGCAGACACGGUGGUUAGUGCUGGAGCAGGGGGCAGUGUGGUGAUCAGUGCUGGCGCUGGGUGCAAUGCAAUAAAUGGUGCUGAUGCCGGGCUCGAAGUGCUGAUUGGCGCUGGCGCCGGGGGCAAUGCACUGAUUGACGCUGACGCGGGGGCCAACACGGUGGUCAGCUCUCAAGGAGGGGGCGGUGCGGCGAUCAGCGCCGGUGCCGGACGCGACGCGGUGAUCGGCGCUGGUGCCGGAGGCGAAUUGGUGACCGGCGCUGGAGCGGGGGGCGAUGCCCUGACCGGCGCUGGAGCGGGGGGCAAUGCGCUGACCGGCGCUGGAGCGGGGGGUGAUGCGCUGACCAGCGCUGAUGCGGGGGGCGAUGCGGUCAUCAACACUGGAGCAGGGGGCGAUGCGGAGAUGAGUGCUGGUGCCAGGGGCGACGCAGGGAUUGGCGCGGAUGGGGGGGUCGAAGGAGUGACUGGGGCUGGCGCUGGGGCCAAUGCAGUGUUUAGUGCUGGAGCGGAGGUCGGCACUUUGAUCAGUGCGGGGGUCCGCACGGUGAGCAGUGCUGGAGCAGGGGGCGGUACAAUUAUCAGCGCCGGUGCCGGAGGCGACAUGGUGAUCGGAGCUGACGCGAGGGCCGAUGCGCUGACCGGCUCUGAGGAGGUGGGCGAUUUAGUGAUCAGCACCGGAGGGGGUGCCGGUUCGGUUAUCAAGACUGGAGCCGGGGGCAAUCCGACGAGUGCUGGCGCCAGGGGCGACACAGCAAUUGGCGCGGAUUGGGGGGUCGAAGAAGUGACUGGGGCUGGCGCUGGCGGCAAUGCAGUGCUUAUUGCUGGAGCGUGGGUCGAUACGAUGCGGGUUACGCUGCGCUGA